AACUUCACGUCAUUAAUUACAUCAACUUCGUGGAAUAUGUCUGAUGACAUGAACAAGUACGACUAUGUCCGCUUCUCUGUGGCUGAUAUACACGGAAGAUCAAGAGGAAGAGUUGUUCCUGCACGACAUGUCGAGAAAUACCUAAAGACUGGUGACACCAUCUUUGCAGGUUUCUUGUCGUUUGGACUUUUGAAUGAAGUCUCUUCAACAGGGAAAUGUAAAGAUGAGAGAAUGCCUAAAGCCUACGCACUACCUGACCUCAGCACCUUGUAUAAAGUAUCAUGGUGUGAUAACGACGAUGUCAAGGUGGCCGAGGUUAUCUGUGAGAGUUACUGGUUAAAGAGCAGAUCGGCACAACUUGCAUGUCCUCGAUAUGUUGCCAGACAACAAUUAGAGAAACUGACCAAUUUGGGAUUUAGCCUCUUUUCUGGAUACGAAGUUGAAUUUACACUGACUCAAACUGGCAAAGCAUAUCCUCUUGAACCUGAUUACAUGCGUCAAAGAUUAGUCAGCAAACACAGUGAUUUUCUGUUUUAUGUUGAAGAUUGUAUGCAUCAAGCAGGUGUUGACAUAGGCUCGUUCCAUUCUGAGUGGGAUGCUGGGUUGUAUGAGAUGGUACUCCAACCGUUGUACGGCAUCAAAAGUGCUGAUUCCUGUAUUACCUUAAAGAACGGAAUUCUAGAAAUAGGGGAUAAGAAAGAUUACACAGUUAGGUUUGACUCCAUGCAAGAAUCUGGCGCAGUAGGAAUGCAUUUUAACCAUUCACUUUGGUCCUUAUCCGGUGGUGUCAAUGUCUUCCAUGAUCCUGACAAUCCCCAUGGUCUUAGCACCCUAGGAAGACACUGGCUGGCUGGUCUCAUGAAACAUGCGAAGGCUCUGAGUGCGCUCUUCUGUCCGACCAUCAACUGUUACGAUCGCUUGCACAAACCCAAUCUUCCUGGACCCAUCUACUGGAGCACUGAUAAACGUUCUGCUUGCAUUAAAGUCAAGUCUACGAAGUCUGAAACAUACAUAGAAAAUCGCAUUCCCAGCGGUAUGAGCAACCCUUACAUCACAAUGGCGGCCACCAUAGCAGCGGGGCUAGAUGGCGUUGUAAAAAAGCUGGAGUGCCCUGCUCCGGAUAAAAAGUGUCUUACCAAUGCUCUUCCUCACACUUUGUCAGAAGCUAUAAGUGAACUUCAAGCGGACACAGACAUUGUCAACAGUUUGGGAAAGGAAUUCAUAGAGUGGUUUGUAUGUACAAUGAAGAUGGACAUUGAAAGUUCUUGCAGGGCUGCGCAGCUUAAUCAUAAAUGAAGCCUGAGACAGCGUGCUCAAUUCCGGAUUUUAUCUGAUUAUGAUCCUUGGUUGGUUUUGAAACUAAAACACAGUUCAAGUGGUAUUAUGAAAUUCUCAUUAUGCCCGUAAUAAUGCCCAU